AUGGCGACACCUGACGAUCACGAGCCGUCCUUCCCAGACGCCAUAUACCAGAAGGUCAAAGACUGGGUCGCAAAGCAGGAGGCCUUCGAGAGGGAGAACAAGGCACCUGCCCCGCUGACCGACGUCCAGCGGAUGUUCCUUGAGGGCUUCAGAGCGCGAUCACCGCUUCCGGAUAUCGGCCAGAUGGACUAUGUCAGCCUGCUAUGUCGAUACAGACAGGCCAACCCAACGGGCAAGGAUAUUGCAUUCACUGAGGGGAUCCGUGGUAUCAACUCGAGCCCCCACUGGACCUGCACGGUCGAGCUCAGCGAGGCUCUCACCCAUGAGCCCGCCAUCCCCUCAUUCCCGGCAGCUGGUUUUGGCUUCGACACAACCGGCCAUUGCCCCGCCUUUGCAAAGAAGAAGGAUGCCAAGCAGUAUGCCGCGAAGUAUGCGAUCGACUGGCUGAUCCAGCAGUCCCUCAUGCCCUCCAACCUGCGAGACGUCGCCUUCCUGAAGGUCCCCUCUGCCCGGGCCCUCCCUGACCUGCAGGGGCAGCCAGCGAAGCGGCUAAAUGAGGGUACCAACGGCGUCCUCUCGCCGCCCCCUAAGCGUCAGACCAAGGGUACCACUGGCGCUGUAGAUGCGGACGACGACAGCCUACCCGCUACCCAGCGAGUCCAUAACCUCUGCCAAAGUAUGGGCCUGCAUCCACCUCGCUACGAACUCACCCUGACGGAUCCACGCGUGAACUACGUGUUCGACGGGUACCCAGAUUUCGGUGAUGACGCCGAUAGCUUUCCUGAGGACCUGGGCCGGAUCACCGGUGUGGCCGGGACGAACAAAGCGAAGCAGGAGAUGGCCGAGAAGUUGCUGGUGUACCUCCGUGACAUGUACCAGAAAAGAGAAGCGGAAUUGCAGCUGCUUUCAGAAUCGACUGGUUCGUAG